AUGCGUACAAACCGUUUAUUUGCGCGACUUACUGCACCACUUCUCUACAAAAAUCCUUGGAAAUAUUUUGAAGUUGAAGAAGAGGAAGAACUUUACAAGAGAGAACUAAAUCCGAAAGGAGCUUUACUGCUCAGGACUUAUAUAAGCUGUAUUAAUGAACAGCCAACAGAAUCUACUGAGGAAGGCAACUCUUCCUCUAGUUUCACAAUCAUGGAUUAUGUUGCAUUUACACGACAUAUUAAUAUUCCCAUUCUAUACCGAUUCCUUGAAGUUAGGAUAGCAGCUACUGCUUCAUGCGGUGAUAGACCUAGGAAAACUCAAGAAACCUUUUUUGCUUUAUCAAAGGCUUUUGGCAAUCGCUGUUCUAUUGUGGAAUCACUAGUUACAUGCUGGCAUUCUGCCGUUGAUAUUUUUACUUCAAUGGUUCAAAAAUUUCCUAACAUUGCGCAUCUCGAUCUUUUACAAUACGAAAACACGGAUGAAACCUUAAAAUUUAUCACUAGUAAUUGUAAACGGCUCCGCGUAUUCAAGUUUACUGUGCGUGGUUGUUCUGCUGCACUUUUAAAUAGUUUCUUGGAAUCACAGGAAGAUGGUUACCUUGAAGAACUUUGUAUCAAGAUUACCAUGGCUCCUAGGUCAUUGUUGGCUGGCUUGAAACCGUCUGUUGUUGCCAAUAUUACUGAUUUACGUAUAAAUGGACUUCAUAUUGAUCAUGCGAUGGAUAAUUUAAGAUUUCGGAAACUUCAAUCUUUGGAUUUGAGUGAUUGUCAUAGUGUUGACGAAAAAACAUUCAAUGCGUUGGAAUUUGGUCAGAUGAUAACUGAAAUCAACCUUUCGGAGACAAAAGUAUCAGAAGAAGCCAUAGUAGCACUUGCUACUCACUGUAAACAUAAUCUCAGGAAAUUGAUUAUGUUGCCAUGCGGUGCUGCCGAUUCUGUUGAACAGGGUAUUAAGGCACUCGCGACUCACUGCCCUAAUCUCAUAGAAUUCAGAUUGGAUGUAAUUCGUGUUGAGAUAAGAGCUAUAAUGGAAUUAGUUGAGUCAUGUAAAAAAUUGCAAAUUUUGGUUCUUGGUGGAGUUGAUGUUAACAAUGAAGAUUCCUUACUCGAUGAACUUAUGCACACCAUUCGUGUUAAUAUUGGAGAAUCCAUAUGUGCUCUUGAUGUGAGAGAAUGGACCAUAAGCGAACAAGCAGUGAUUGAUUUAGUCAGUGCCUGCCGUAAUUUGAACAAACUGGUUUUAAGAUAUUGUCGUAAUGUUAAUGAUGAUUGCAUAACGAAAAUCUGCCAAAAUCUUGCUGGAACACUUAGACACCUUGAUGUGGCUAAUUGUCCUCUAGUGACGCCAAAUGGAAUUGUAACCGCUGAGGAAGAAUUAGUGAAUUGUAGAAUAAUUCAUGCUUCUAGACUAUUAAUAUAA